AUGGCGACUGACGUAGCUUUUGAUACGAGCAUGGGCUCGUUCACGGUAGAGCUUUAUAAUUCGCAUGCACCAAAGACUUGUAAGAACUUUGCGACACUCGCGCAAAGAGGUUACUACAACAAUGUCAUCUUCCACCGCAUCAUUCCCAACUUCAUGGUCCAGACUGGUGAUCCCACCGGCACUGGCAGAGGAGGAAGCUCUAUUUACGGCGAGAAGUUCGAGGAUGAGAUUCGUGCAGACCUCAAACACACCGGUGCUGGCAUUUUGAGCAUGGCGAAUAGUGGACCAAAUACCAACGGCAGCCAAUUCUUCGUAACCCUUGCCCCAACCCCGUGGCUGGAUGGCAAGCACACAAUCUUCGGCAGGGUCAAGAGCGGAAUGAGAGUGAUUCAGCGCAUGGGACUUGUUAAGACAAAUGGAGAAGAUAGACCGGUGGAUGAGGUCAAGAUCAUUCGUGCUCGGGUCGUUGAAGAAGGCGAAGAGUGA